GAACCAAUAUUGUGUCUCCUCUUGGACUCCAAUGCAGGACAGGCCUCCCUUCUCGGUGCAAUAGAAAGCAGGUGCCGACACCUAGGGAGCACGUGAGGAGAGCCACCGUUUCCCACCGGUUGAGCUGAGGAACCGAGAAACUUUUCGAGGCAGUAGGUAGUAGGAUCGCUUCAUGAUCCUCGGACCAGCCCUCUCCAUAAAAUUCGCCGAGCUGGGUGGAGACCUUAGAGAAUGUUGCCUCUCGGUUCCAAAAGCUUAGCUGACCAUGAGAUGAAAGUGCUGUAUCGUGCCUGGGAAGGACAGCUUUUCGUUCAGAAUCGGCGAGUGUGUGACAUCGUCCUUCGAUCCCCCUUUCGGGCUUCGAUCCCGGCUCAGUUGCCAGCCAAGCUAGAAUUCAAGUAUAUCGUGCAGAUAUCAGAAUUGCGGAAAAAACUGCCGGAAGCUGCAUUUAAAAUAAACAGUUAUUCCAGUGAUGAAGUCUGUUGUCAGCAGUUGUUGUUUCGUUUAUAUCAAGUGGAAAUAUUAGAUGAGAGUGAACUGAAAGAUCAGCUCAUUGGGAGCAUGAAAGAGAAAAACCUGGCCCUUGUCAAAUAUUUAAAUGACCGCGGAAUCCUCCUCUUCCUCACCUCGUCCGUCUUGGCGAGCGAGAAAGACGCCGAAGCGAACGACUUGGGGUCCCUUCUAGCUUUAUUUUUAUUUCCAUCCCCGGAGCUCAAACAUUUAACAGCCACAGAUUGGAAACACGAUGAGGGGAGCAGCGAGGCCCCCCAGCAGCUCCCCCUGAUCCUUCCCCUCCUGCACCAGGCAUUGGCCAGAGCCGCGAAAAAUCCGAAUCCCAAGCAAUCCCCUUCCAGCGCUUUGGUCAAACGGCACAUGGAGGAAUUAGCAACUCUCAAUCAGAGUUCAGCGCCCAACUGCGAUAGCGCGUCCGGCCCACCCUCGGCUCCCAAACCUCCCCCUGAGAUCCCUAAGGGGGACCCCGUGGACGAGACGCGCUCCCCGCCCUCCUUUUCCAACUUGGCCUUUUAUCUCUCGGACCCCGAAAGUUACGCGCUGGAGGUCUCCUCCGCCGUGGCCUGUUUGAUGGGCUGCCCUCGGGUGUCUGACGGGGGCGUGGGUUUAAAUUCGGACCCGUCGCCAUCGGAGGGACCCGGCCAAGCUGUCGGAAAGGGCAAGGAGGCUCCCUUUGACGGACACGGGCCGAGCCGAGCCGCCGCCGCGUCGAAAAGCAGCCCAGCCGGAGAGCGAUCCUUGCAGUGGACAAAAAGGAAAUCCAGCCGGAUCCUCGGGGCCACUUCGAAGAAGAAAUGGUCGCCGUUGAAGAUGUACUGCCUCCUGGAGAGUAGCAAGAAGAAGACGAAGGGGAAGGAGAAAAGGAAGAAGAAGAAGAAAAAGAAGAAGAAGAAGAAGAAAUUGCCCAAGGAAGCCAUGACCCUCAAUAACCCCUUGGCUAAUGAUCCCGGAUCCCCACCCGAUCCUAAAAAGGCUACCCUCAAAUUAAAAAAUAUCCAGAAUCCACUGAGAAGGAAGCGGGGGGCCGAAGUUUUGUCCGCAGAAUUCAUUCAAGGACCGAGGAGUGCGUCGCUUGAGGGAGCCACGGGGUCUUCGGCAGGCCUUGCCACGGAGGAAAAGAAACCCCGGCUGAACGUGGCCAUGAAAGUGACGGAGGUGGACAAAAUGGACGCCAAAGAACCAACUCCAAGGAAAAACCUCCACAUCGUUUCUUCCGAAAAGCAAUGGACCGAGGCUGCCUCCGUAGAAAAGGACGCGGCUGCCCUGGACGCCCACCAGAUGCCCACUGGAAGGGAAGAGUGCGAUUCCCAUGCAUUGAACUUGUUGGCUGAUUUAGCCCUGAGCUCCUGUAACUCUCCCUUGGAUGGGAACAGUCGAAGAGAUUUCGGGCGUUUCCGUCUGUCCCGGGAACAUCGUCUCCCCCGCGGGAAAUUUUUGCACAAAUCAUUGGAUCACGAAUAUCACAGGGCUACCAAGAAACGGAAAGGCGCUUUCCUGCCGGGACAGAUGUCCCGAUCAUCCCUUUGGCCCGCCAAAGAAACCGGCCGGGAUAAGGACUGGCCUUUGAACACGAAGGACCGAAGCACCCUCAAUCCCGCCAAAAAGAAAAAGGCGAGGACCAGCUUCGUCAAAAGUCCUCCAGCACUUCCGAACGAGACCGGGGAUCCGUUGGACUCGAGUGUCAUGAUUUCUUUAGAGCACUCGUACGCCACUCCCAUCUCCGAGACUUCCACACAGGGGACGCCGCAUUCUCCGGACUCGAGGAACGGGGUGAAUCAGGAUAAGCCGGGUCCAUUGGUUGGAAAACUGCUUCCUUUCCAGCCCCAGGAGAAUUUGGGCAAACCGGUUUCGAACCAUUUACCUCCCGCUCGCUCCACCGUCUUGGCCACCCGGCUGAGGGAGGAUUUCUCCACCAGUCACCAAGUGACCUCGUGCGACAAAACAGUCCAAGUCACGUUCCAGUGGGAGGCGGAAUACGUCUUCAACUUGGACAGCAAAUAUACGAAUAAUUCCUUAGAAAAAACCAUCAUCCGGGCGGUACAUGGGCCCUGGGACGAAAGCCUCUCGGAUGACAUGGAAGAAAUGAGACUGAUCCUCCAUGUGUGGAUGGCGCUGUUUUAUAGCAAACCGAUCAAAGCGCUGACGGUACGAAAAGUAGUGGAGCACAGCAACCCGGCCAAAUACGUCUCCCUGAACAGUCUGGUGGACCCCUUGGAACCCAUGGACGAUGGGGGUGGACCUUACAUGUUGGAGAAACGUCCCAAAGCCCUCCAGAUCCCUGCCGAAGGAGGGCAAGAUGGCUCGGUUUCUCCUUCCGAGAAGAUACUCCCGGGGAACGAACUGUCCUCCGCCGACUCCUUAGAGGAUGAGAGUCCUGAGACAAAGCCCGAAGAAGCCAAGGAUCUGCCUGAGAAGGAAGGACCGUCUCGUCCUCCUCUAAAGUCUGUUGAUGAGGGGGUCAAUGCGGAGCCCAAAGAACAAACCUCACUUCACCCUGUGCUUCCUGUUGAAAACCCGCCUGGGGUCGACGACCGUGUGAUCCCUCAAACCAAGACAGACAGAAGUCAAGAGACUAAGUUAGUUGGAAUUUCCCAAAAUGACGCGUCUCCGCUUACGGGACCUGCGGAGGAGGGUUCCAGAAACGAACAGCCCAUCAUCGCCAGCAUUGACGUUGCCGUUUCGGCAGCGCAUCGGGAAACUGAUGCGGGGUCUUCAGAAGAAGUGAAGGACAACCCGCCUGAUGGGAGUUCCAACCCAGGAAUGUCGAAAGCAGCAGAGUUCAAAGCAGGUGUGACGUCUUGGGAACCCGCGAAUCCAGGAAGCGAAGUGGACAACCAGCCUAGACUCCGUAUAGAUGAGCAAGAUGGAGAAAGUGUGGACUUGAGAUCCGUGGAUCUCAUGCUCUCCAAAAGCAGCGAUACUGACCUGGAAAUCCAAGAUAUGGAUCUGGAUUCAGAGGACGAGGAAGAUCCUGGGAAGAGCGGUGUGGAAGGAAGGGAAGAAACAGAUGGUAUGCGUGAUGAUGAUAUGUCAUCCAGACGUGGUAGUCUCCCGUCUAAGGCAUCCUCCCCAGUUGUCUUGUCUGGGCAUCGGACAGAAUUCCCAGGUGUCCAAGAAGCUGCAGUAGGACCAUCCUCAAGUUCUGUAUCACCAAACCAAAUGGAGUUGUUAGACAAGGUCCCUCAACAGCAGAUCUCGUUCCAUCCAGUGACUGUUGAGGAAAAGAUGGUUGGAUCAACCUCAAGUUCUCUAUCACCAAACCAAAUGGAGUUGAUAGACAAGAUCCCUCAGCAGCAGAUCUCGUUCCAUCCAGUGACUGUUGAGGAAAAGAUGGUGGGAUCAACCUCAAGUUCUGUAUCUCCAACCCAAAUGGAGUUGGUCCCUCAGCAGCAGAUCUCGUUCCAUCCAGUGACUGUUGAGGAGAAGAUGGUUGGAUCAACCUCAAGUUCUGUAUCUCCAACCCAGAUGGAGUUGAUGGUCCCUCAGCAGGAGAUCUCAUUCCAUCCAAUGACUGUUGAUGAAAAGAUGGUGCGGUCAGCCACAGAUCCCACGUCUCCAAAACAAACUGACUCAGUGGAGAACUCACCCGAGGAAGUAAUCUUAGCUGAUUCAGCUUCCACCGAAGCUUCUGGAGACUUCCCAAACGAUCGAGCAACAACUCCAGAUGGAUCCUUACAAAGUCAACAAGAACCAGUGGGAAGUCCUAGGGUUCCUACGCAAAUUGACGUGGUUGACCUUUCCUCAGUUUCCCAAGAAGGCAGUGGGAUCCGUUUGCCCUGUCCACCUUCGUGGCAGGCUAGUCCCGUCCAUCAACGGGCUUCUGAUGAAGAACCACCAAGGAUCCAAGAAGACCGUCCUGAAAACCCCCUGUAUCGCAUCUUUGAAAAUCCACUGGGUUUGAUUGAAGAUAUUUCUCAGGACAGUACAGACUUGGCUGGUCCAGCUGUGUUGCACCUUUGUGAACCAAAUGACAACUCAUGUGUGAACUUGGUACCAAACAGUAUAUCAACUCGGCAGGAAUUGGUGGAAAACCAAGACAGCUCUGUUGUGUUCGCUCAACAUCUUCCCCUCACCAAAGAAAUGGAUCUGGUUGAAAGUCCUGAAGGAGACCAUCCAGCUAGUCCUUUCCAUCAGGAAAUUUCGAAUGAAUCUGCAACAUCGCAAGACGCUUCCAGUGCCAAUCUGGAUUUGCUUGAGGAUUCUUCCAUUCCCCAAGAAAAGGACAUCGUUCACCCAACAGACAAUGUUUUGAGGCGAGUUAAUGAACGUCUUGCAGAGUCCGAUUUAGGAACUCAAGAGGAACAGACAAUUGGUCAAGGAGAAAAGAUCCUGGUAGAUUCCCAGCCCGCAAAAGAAUACCCGAGCUUGGAGUCGCACGAUACGGAAUCUGAGACGUCCAUCAAGAGUGAAACGUGUUUGGAACAAGAGAAUAUCAGAGAUUCUUCUGCAAGAGAAGAAGAAGCAGUGCCAGAUGACGGCGUUGAAAAACCAACCAUUACCACGACCGCUGUAGCUGAAGAGGUCCACAUUUUGAUGAACGGAUUGGUGGAUACGGUGUGUGCCAUGGUAGCUCAGAGUGAAGAAAUGAGGGCUCCAAAGAGCUUAGAUUGGAUUGAUUCAGCCAUGCUGGAGUGUGUGACACCUCCUGUGAGCGAUGAUGAAGGUUGCCCAACUGACCAGCAUUCCCCUGCGGACGUGAAAUGGGCUGAGGAACGUUUAGAAGAGACUUCCAACUUUGAUGACCAAGAAGAAGACUUACAAGCCAGGGUAGAAGGACGAGGAGAGUUGUGUUCCUCAUCAAAUGAGAACACAACGUCUGAUCCAGGCGAUGUUUCUGAAAAAGCAGAACCUCAAGGAAAUGAUGCUACCUCAGCUACCACGGGGAUCAUCUCAAGUUGUGGCACAAGUCAAGCAGAGCUGGACACAACCAGCCCCCAAAGCACAUGUUCAUGGCUCGAAACCACUGAGUCGCCAGAUGACUACAGUGCAAAGGUGGAUGACUACAAUGUGUCCACUUUGGAGAAAGUUGGGCAGACAGAGACUAGUCCAGAAGAAUCUGUUUGCAACAGGGAAGACUGUUCUAGAGGAGAAGAUGUGGGGAACUCAUCCUUUAUCCCAACAAAAUGUCAGGAGGACUCUUUGGCAGAAGAACCGGGUCCUUUGGUUGACCGAGAUUCCAGCGAAGCUCCAGAGGAUCAUGAAGAAGAGGCCCAAGAAGAAGCAAAGGGGUGUCUGGGGAGUCUUGAAGACCUUCUACCUGAUGAAAGGACAGAGAGGCCCACCAGUUCUUCAGGCACGGACACAGACUGGGAAGAUGAAUCUCUGGCAGUGGACAGUGGCCAAGAUCCCUGCGUAGAUUGGUACCCCGCGAGAAAAUUUGAGAGUUUGUAUCGACCGAGGUUCAAGGCCUCCCCAAGGACUGAAUCCGAAUUAACUCGUUCAGCUGCUAGGAAUGAGAUUUGUAAAGAUAAGGAUUGGGUGUCCUCAGAAGCGAGCCAGAAGGCGUCAGAUGCCGUAUCCAAGAAACACAACGUUCCUUUCGGUUUCAAAAAAGACGUCUCAAUAUCGCUGUCUCGUGACAUGGACCGUAAACCCAAGCCCUUCAAGGAUUAUAUCAAUUUCUCCGUCACCAAAAAGCAUAAGGAGAAAAACAGGACUUUCCAUGCAUUCUCCAAAGAGCACAACCCUUUCUCCAGGGAUUUGGGAUCAAUCAACUCCUGGAGCAGGAACUGGGGUUUUCUGAGUGACCCGGUUCAGAACAUUUUAGACGUGGAAUCCCUGCAGUUCCAUUGCAGGAUCCAAGAGCUCCUGAAGAGAUCACAACGUUCUACCUCCCGUGUUCUUCCCACCAAGAUGGUCCCGCCUCAAAGGAUAGCAGAAGGAUUGCUGCCCCACGAGAAAAUGGUCUCGGAAGGGACAACUGCUAGGUUUCCCACCAGGAGCAAAAGUCCACUACUGGUUACCGUUGUCAACCCAAGUCCGAGAACUGGGGGCCGAUACCAUGACGUCUGUGGACCGUUUCCAGCCAGCCCAGAUCCCUUUGUCCCACCCGCUGCGCCGAGGACUCAAGGUGAACUCGAUCCGAAGUAUCCCUUCCCUUCUUCGCAUCUCCAGAAACUAACCUACCAUAAGCUGAACAGUUUUUCCCGGGAUAUCUCGUCUGUUCUCGAAGAAUUUGCCGAAUUCAGCAGGGCAAUGAAUUUGGAGAGAGCGCGGACAUACAACCUGGAGAGAGACCCCACUGCUACCUCAGGAAAGGCGGGCGAGAUACAGUACCCACUUCGACCUCCCACGCCGCUGGUCUACGAGGACCUUCUCGCCAACCUGCGCGAUACCCUACAUUUCCAGCUGAAAAACGUGGCUCAGGAAGCUUGCCGAAAACCCUUCUCGUUCUACUUGAUGGAAACGGAGGACGACCCGUUUUUCGGGAGAAUAAAGAAUUUGCUGAAGAAAGACGGCCAUUCCGAAGUGGACCUCCUGCAGUUCUGCAAAGGAAGCCGCCUGGAAAGGGAGAACUUAUUGGUCAUCAUUCGAAACGAGGACAUUUCCUUCCAUAUCCACAAAGUCCCUGCGCUGCUGCGUCUCAAACGCUGCCCCAACGUGACUUUUGCCGGGGUGGACAGCCCCGAGGACGCCCUGGACCACACCUACCAGGAGCUCUUCCAGAGCGGAGGCUUUGUGGUGUCCGAUGACAAAGUCCUCGAAGGGAUGACCGUGGGGGAGCUGAAAGACGUCAUCAAAACUCUGGAGAAACUCAACAGUCACGGGAGAUGGAAGUGGCUCCUUCACUACCGAGAAUCCAAGAAGCUGAAGGAGGCUGCCAAGGGAGAUCUGUCCGCGCACACCAAGGAAUCGGUCCUGAAAUCCUGCCAGGUGGCCAACAUGACGGAAGUCCUGCACUAUCACAAGUGCGACUCCUGGUCCUGCACGAGAUUCGAGCGCUUCAACUGCCUGUUGAACUUGCAAAUUCAACACAUCACCAAGAGGUUCGGUGUCUUUCUCACAGAAAACGCCAACACCAGCAGGGAAGCCUUGGAAGACAAAGGCAUUUUCGGCCUGAACAUCACCGAGUUCAUCACCACCGCGCAAGACAUGGUGGCGCCAUUCGGAAGUGGCUUCUGGUAACCAGGAUCAACCGCCUUCUGCCUUCUUGCAACCCGACGGGGAUCGCAACGCCAAACCCGACUUGUCUGCUGUCCAUUAUUCCUGGACAUUCCCGGAAGACACCAGACUCUUGUGCCACACACUCUUUAUUAAGCCGCCGCGACGCUCGUUCGAGGUCAAGCAGACU